CCUGAUAAGCAAAGUCAGUGGGGAAGCCAGAAUCAUUUAACAACCAUGUUACUCGCUUAAUUGAUUGACUCAACAACAGUAGCAAGGACAGUCGUAAACUGGGACGAAAGCUCGCUAAACAAAUGUCUCACUUAGCAACAGAAACUUCGGGCUCCAUUAUGGUUGUAAGUCGAGGACUACCUCCAAUCUCCAGAUGCGGUUUGACCCUGUAAGAUGUUGUGAUCCAGGCCCAAGUAGGUAGUAGUAGGCGCAAUCAGUUCAAAAACAGACUUUAUUAGAACAUUAGUUUAUUAGUCGUCCAAACUAAAUCAAAGCAAAUUCUUUAUAGCACAAUUCUUCAGUCUUAUCACCAACCUUGGUCUAAUUAGGCAAACUGCCAAAGGCUUUCCUUGGCAAAAGUUCAAAAGCAGAAGACGCCAACCAGAAAUGCAGCAAGACAAUGUUGUUUUCCGACAAAGAGCCCAAACACCGGUCCUGGUCUUUUAAGCCUUAUGGGAGGGGCCAAUCAUCUCUUGGCCUUACUCCUGAGUCGUCCUCUCUGCUUGAGCUGCUCGUGCCUUCUGGCAGCUUUUCUCAUGCGUGCAUUAGGAACAGGCUCCUCCUGUUCCUCUGCCUCACCACUGUCAGUCUCUGGAGGCUCUGGAGUCUGCACAUCAUUCCCUGAUGGCCCUGGCCCCACCUCUGCCUCCGACACAAGAGCCCUCAUCUGGGCCUUCCCCAGCCUCCAGGACUGGCCCGUGCUCUUCCUCAGCCUCAUCGCUGUCCGACUCCAUUACCAGCUCCUCAGGCUGCUGGCAGACCACAACAACCGUGUCAUCCAGAAAACCCAAAACCAGUUUAAUGACACCAACUGCGCUCAGCCAAAGUGCGACGUGGCCAAGAUGCAGGAGGACCUCCACUUGCGACCGCCGGCCCUCGUCAGCUGGGAAGACAUGGAAUUGGUGAACGGGAUGGUGAACGGCCGGGCGCAAGCCCACCUCGAGGCAGCUCCCGCUUGCCGGAUGCAGCCCGUCUCUCCUUUGGGGAUCCUGUCCCUCAUCCUCAACAUCAUGUGUGGUGCACUCAAUCUCAUUCGAGGUGUUCACCUGGCAGAGUAUUCGUGGCAGGAAGAUCACGAAGGAAUGAUAAACGUCGUAGCGUUUUUGUUGCCUUUCAUGUCCUGCUUCGGUUUGUGUUACCUUUACCUGUUCUACACUUCCGCCCGGAAGAUCAAAGUCUCCGUCCUUUUCGUGACGCUCUGCCUGUGCAACGUCUACCUGUACGGAUUACGAAACCACUGGCAGAUCCUCUUCCACGUCGCCGUGGCAUCCCUUUCUUCUCACCAGAUCCUAACCCGGCAGGUGGCCAAGAGACCGCCAGAUUUGGGGGUGUGAAAAAGAACACCCCACAUAUUCCAGAACAAAAAAAUGCCUCAGCUUUGACGGUGGUUAUUCCAAAGCAGCUCGGAACAGAUUGACUCGUAGAUUUUGAAUUGUUUUUUUUCUUUCCGUCCUUGCUCAAAAUCAUGCAUUGUAGCAAAAGAAAGAAAGAAGAAAGAAAGAGAGAGAGAGAGAGAGAAAGAAAGAAAGAAAGAAGAAAGAGAGAGAGAGAGAAAGAGAGAGAGAGAGAGAGAGAAAGAAAGAAAGAACACUAUUAUUAUUAUUAUUUGUUUAGACUUGUGACAGGCAGCAAAGGAAAUAUCCGUCUAAAUGAAGGAAGCUUGCAAUCUUUGUGGAUUAAUUUGUUUAAUCCAAGAAAAGGCCGAGGGAUGUGCGUGCUGAAGAAGACAUUCACUGCUCUGGAUUCUAGUAGAAAUUCAGAGUUUUUGAGGCUGCCGUCUGUUUUCCGUCCGUUCCCUCCUCUCCCCCAAGCAGAGAACAGUUUCAGAAAGUCACCUCCACCACUGAUAAUCUGGGAAAAUCAACCUGGGAAAAAUUAUCAGAUGCACUGAACACUCCCAAAGUGUGUCCUAAGCUUUCUCAAAAGAUGAACCUUGGAACUUGGUUGCAACCAGCUAUGGGGGGGUCCCCUCCUAAGUUUAAAGCACAAGAUUAUUCACCGAACAUUUGAGGGGUGGUUGUUUUGUUUGUUUGUUUUUUAAAUACGGCCAAAGUGGGCAAUUGCUGUCAUAAUGCAUAUAUAAUUUAUUAUUGUAUUAUUUGGGGGCGGAAUCGUUUGGGAAAUUGACUUUUGGAUCUCGUCUGCGUUACACUAAAUUGUAGAUAAAUGCAUUUAUAUUGAGUUGGGGGUAGAGAAGGCAACAGCCUUGAAACUUCACUGAUGGGGGAAAAGUGCCUUCAGAUAAUAUCCUGUAAAAAAUUUCCUGCCUGUACAUAUAAACUGUUCCUCAUUUUGAACUAAAAAAAAAAAUAGCCUUGGGUAAACUGUUCCACCUUGAUACGGCAUUUUUGUACAAUUUUCUCAUGUAUCUGGAUUUUGGUCGAGUUUCUACGUACAGAUGUUCACACGGAUAAUAAUAAGAAAAGUCUACUGCA